CGCCAUUAAAAAAAAAAACAGAAGAAGAAGAAGUCCAUAGUCUACUCUUCAUAAUGGCGGAAAGACCACAGUUAGAUAGAGGGUCCUCUUUUAUGGAUCCACUUAAAGGGUUUUUGCUGACCUAUUUUAUGCCAGAAUUAUGUUAUGACGAGUUCUUUCUCAAUUUCAACUUUCUGGAUGUACCAUGUCUGAAGAUUGUACUGAGCAAAGCCCUGGGGAUCGGCAUCAUCCUGGGAUCAGUGAUGGUGAAACUCCCUCAGAUCUUAAAGCUGAUAGGAGCAAAGAGCGCUGAGGGGCUGAGCUUCAACUCUGUGCUGCUGGACCUACUGGCCAUCACAGGUACAAUGGCCUACAGUAUCGCCAACAAGUUCCCCUUCAGUGCCUGGGGCGAGGCUUUGUUCCUCAUGAUGCAGACAGUCGCCAUUGGCUUCCUCAUUCAACACUAUGGAGGAAGAACCGUUAGAGGUCUCCUCUUUCUGGUUGUGUAUUUUAGCCUGCUGGUGGCCCUUCUGUCUCCAGUCACUCCCAUGUCAGUGGUCACCUCCAUGCAGGCCUCUAACAUGCCAGCCAUCAUUAUUAGCAGGCUGAUCCAGGCAGCCACUAACUUCCGCAACGGGCACACCGGCCAGCUGUCUGCCAUCUCUGUCUUCCUGCUGUUUGCUGGAUCCCUCGCCCGCAUCUUCACCUCGCUACAGGAAACCGGAGACUCACUGAUGGCCCUCACCUUCGUCAUAUCUUCUACCUGUAAUGGGAUCCUCGCCUUGCAGGUUCUCUACUACUGGAACAGCUGCCCAGAACGCAAGAAGAAGAAGAAAAAGAAGAGAGAGUAGGCAAAGGACAUAACUUCAGUUAUAGAGCUACAUCUUUGUUUCCCUUCCCAGUUUUAGACACAUUCAGACAGGUGUCUUUGAAAUUUGAAAAACAAAUUCAUAAAUAAAAUUAAUGUACAGAGCCACUGGAAAAAGUGGGUCAUUGAAUCUACCAGGCACUUGACCUUGAUGUAAGGAUGUGAACAUAUAAUGCCAAACAGAUCUUUAAUACUGUUAGCUAGUUUUGUAGGCGGUGUUUAGCCCCAAGCCCUGCUGCUGGUCCAGUCUCCCACUGUGGUGUACACUGAUAUUACACUCCUCACAAUGCAGUGUUUUUCAUUACAUUCAGCCUGUGUUCACACUGGUGUGUUAAAAUGUUUGGAAAUGGCUGGUUUUUUUUUUUUGUUUUUUUUUUUGUGGGUGUGGAUUGAAACAGUUUUGACCUCGGAUACAUGUAAAGAAUUAUAUUGUAUCAUUUCACAUAACCAUAAUUCCACACUGGCCCCUAUAAUUGUAAUAUCUAUUCUAGAGAGUCUCAUUUGCAAAUUUGUGCAGUAUGAACUUUCUGCAGGGUGAAAAUGCUGAAUGGAGCAUACUGUAAAGGUGAAACCCUGAAUGAAAUAGGCCUAUCAAAUUCAAAAGAAUCAGAUAAUAGUUUGAAAGUUAGUAUAAACAAGUUCGUUCUGUUCAUGGGAAAACUAUUAUAUAGUGAAUUGUCUGAGGAGUUAAGAAAAACAUCUUAAAUUGAAUUAACUACAUAGCCUACUGACAAGCAAAUAAUUUUAAAUACUGUGCAUGUUUCCCUAAACUGCACGGCUUCCUCAGAUCCCCCUCUGUGAUAACUGUUUUGUCCUGAGAGACGAUGUGCGCCAUGUUCUGCCAGCCUUCACACCCUGCUCCGCUGUAGCAGAACCUGUUUGUCCUGAAACAGACGGCGCUCUGCCUGUUUUUUUUUUUUUUGGUGGAGCAAAGCUUUAUGCCUCAAGAUGACUGGACGUAAUGCAUUGCUGACACAUCCAGGAACUGCAUUUUAACAUAUUCCUAGAAGGGAUUUAUAUCUUUGGCAUAUGGCAUGUCAGUGUUUUUCAAGCACAAGCCGUGGCCCCGUGGACUCCUCAGUCUUUCUGGCGUACUGCGUGCUCAGCAAGAGAAAAAAUAGCUAGUGCUGAUACUUUCCUGAUCAUUCCUGUAUUCUAUGAAUUCCUUUUGUCACAGAAUGGGAAAUCACAGGAGCUAAAAGUUAAGGACCAAGCAAAGUCAUAUCCCGCAACUUGAGUCAAACAUGACUACAUUUUCAAAAGCACAGGUUUUCAUGUCUUUUAAUCAGGUAAAAAGUUUGGUUUUACAAUUUUCACACAUGCUGUAAAAUAUUUGACUAAGAUGUCUUAAAUGCUCUUAGUGCAUUAAAUUUCAAAAUGUUGUGUUGAGAGCACUUUUCAUCUUUCCUAGAUGCAGUUUGCACACCAUGACAGCAUUGUGCCAGAAAAUCUUUUCUCUGUUUUCUGAUCCUCAACGGUACAUAAAAACAGGGAAACGGUGAAAAAAGCCAACUGUAUGUAAAAGUAGUACAAAUGCUAUUCACUGAGUGUGCAGAUAAGGUCUGGCAACCAAUGGGACCACAUCAUU